GCAGCUUGGUGCAGCCCAGGCCGGGCGCUAGCGGCGGGAGGAGGAGCUGCGGCCGUAGCCACCCCGGGUAGGUCGGCACCGCGGGAAGCUGCCGACGACCGCGCGGGCUGUUGCUGGUCCCCGCGUGGAAGAGGCGCGGGCGGCCCCACAGUCAUGGAGCCUAGUAACGCGGCGCAGCCCGGUCCAGGGAGGGCUGUUUGGGCGCUGUCGCCGCGGCUGCUGCUGCUGCCACUGCUGCCGGUGCUGCUGGGUCGGGGGCUGCGGGCCGGGGCCGCGGCCUCCUCCUCUGGGGCGGCGGCUGAGGACAGUAGCGCCAUGGAGGAGCUCGCCACUGAGAAGGAGGCGGAGGAGAGCCACCGACAGGAUAGCGUCAGCCUGCUCACCUUCAUCCUGCUGCUCACCCUCACCAUCCUCACCAUCUGGCUCUUCAAGCACCGCCGGGUGCGCUUCCUGCACGAGACCGGGCUGGCCAUGAUCUAUGGGCUCAUUGUUGGAGUGAUCCUGAGGUAUGGAACCCCUGCUACCAGCGGUCAUGACAAGUCACUCAGCUGUACUCAGGAAGACAGAGCCUUUAGCACCUUAUUAGUGAAUGUCAGUGGGAAGUUCUUUGAAUACACUCUGAAAGGAGAAAUCAGCCCUGGCAAGAUCAACAAUGUGGAGCAGAAUGACAUGCUGCGGAAGGUAACAUUUGAUCCAGAAGUAUUUUUCAACAUUCUGCUACCUCCAAUUAUUUUCCAUGCUGGAUACAGUUUAAAGAAGAGACACUUUUUCAGAAAUCUUGGAUCGAUUCUGGCCUAUGCCUUUUUGGGGACGGCUGUUUCCUGCUUCAUUAUUGGAAAUCUUAUGUAUGGGGUGGUGAAACUCAUGAAGAUUGUGGGCCAGCUCUCUGAUAAAUUUUACUACACGGAUUGUCUCUUUUUUGGAGCAAUUAUUUCUGCCACUGACCCAGUGACCGUGUUGGCAAUCUUUAAUGAACUGCAUGCAGAUGUGGAUCUUUAUGCUCUUCUUUUUGGAGAGAGUGUCCUGAAUGAUGCUGUUGCCAUUGUACUAUCCUCGUCUAUUGUUGCCUAUCAGCCAGCAGGACUAAAUACUCACACUUUCGACGCUGCUGCCUUUUUUAAGUCAGUUGGCAUUUUUCUAGGUAUAUUUAGUGGCUCUUUUACCAUGGGAGCUGUAACUGGUGUUGUGACUGCUCUAGUGACCAAGUUUACUAAGCUGCACUGCUUCCCCCUGCUGGAGACGGCGCUUUUCUUCCUGAUGUCCUGGAGCACAUUUCUUUUGGCUGAAGCCUGUGGAUUUACAGGUGUUGUAGCUGUCCUUUUCUGUGGGAUUACACAAGCUCAUUACACAUAUAACAAUCUGUCGGUAGAAUCGAGAAGUCGAAGCAAGCAGCUUUUUGAGGUGUUACACUUUUUGGCAGAGAACUUCAUCUUCUCCUAUAUGGGCCUGGCACUGUUCACCUUCCAGAAGCAUGUUUUCAGCCCAAUUUUCAUCAUUGGUGCUUUUGUUGCCAUCUUCUUGGGUAGAGCUGCACAUAUCUACCCACUCUCCUUCUUCCUCAACUUGGGCAGAAGGCAUAAGAUUGGCUGGAAUUUUCAACACAUGAUGAUGUUUUCAGGCCUGAGGGGAGCAAUGGCAUUUGCACUUGCCAUCCGUGACACAGCAUCCUAUGCUCGCCAGAUGAUGUUCACAACCACACUGCUCAUUGUCUUCUUCACUGUAUGGGUCAUCGGGGGAGGCACCACGCCCAUGUUGUCAUGGCUCAAUAUAAGAGUUGGUGUGGAGGAGCUCUCCGAAGAGGACCAGAAUGAGCACCACUGGCGGUACUUCAGAGUUGGUGUUGACCCAGAUCAAGACCCACCACCUAACAAUGACAGCUUUCAAGUCUUACAAGGGGAUGGCCUGGAUUCUAUUGGAGGAAGCCGGACAAAGCAGGAGAGUGCAUGGAUAUUCAGGCUGUGGUAUAGCUUUGAUCACAAUUACUUGAAGCCCAUUCUCACCCACAGCGGUCCCCCGCUAACCACCACUCUCCCAGCCUGGUGUGGCUUGCUAGCUCGGUGUCUGACCAGUCCCCAGGUGUAUGAUAACCAAGAGCCACUGAGAGAAGAUGACUCUGAUUUUAUCCUGACGGAAGGUGACCUCACCUUGACCUAUGGAGACAGCACUGUGACUGCAAACGGCUCCUCGAGCUCCUACACAGCCUCCACAAGUCUUGAGGGUGGUCGGAGAACAAAAAGCAGCUCUGAGGAAGUGCUUGAGCGAGACCUGGGAAUGGGAGAUCAGAAGGUUUCCAGCCGGGGCACCCCCCUUGUGUUUCCACUGCAGGAAAAUGCAUGACUCCCCCUAAGUCUUGGAGGAUCAGGGAGGCUCUCAUGAGGAUGAGGAUGGCCAAAUGCCCCAGUGUGUGUGAGGUGUGGCAUUGACUGGGUUAAACUAAUGCUUCUGUUUCACUGGGCUCUGAAACUAUCAUCACCAAAACUUGACCCAAGACUCAGAUGGUGAAGCUAAAGUGUCUCUAAAUUAAGACAAAGGCAGACCUAUUCCCACUUUUUCAUAUAGUAGUCCGCUGUUUCAGAGUUAAACAAAAUAAUAGCAUGAUUUAAUGGUUUCUCACUUCAUUUGCCUGCAGCAUCUGACCAUGGUGGGGCAGAUAACGGGCUUCAACUCUGUGCUGUAGUGCCCAUCUAGCUGGCUUAAGGAGCAUCAACUUGGAAUGACAAGUUAGACAAAAGACAGUGAAGAAAGGAAACUGAAAUCAGAAUCCUGAUGGUACCAGAUGCUGGUGUUACCCCAGACAGUAGAGCCCCUGGCUCUGAAGACUUACACAAUUACAUUCUCCUGUCAGAGUCCUAGCUGUUCUAUCUGUGUUGCUCCUAGGCUGAAGAUUAGGAAGCUUGUCCAUAGGCUGGGGCAUUAGCUCAGUGGCAGAGUGCUAGAGUACUUGCCUACAAUGUACAAGACCCUGGGUUCCAUUCCCAGCACUGCAAAAAGUGUGUGUGAGGGGUUUCCAAGAGCAUUUCAAUAUGGGGAAAGAAGUCUAGUUCCUUCUCUGGAAGCCUUUAUAAGAGAGUUACUGAAAUGUUUAAAACCAAAGGCAAAUCAUGUUCUGUUCUUUUUUAAUUAAUCUGAGGACAGGAGGUAUUGAGAAACUGAUGAUGAUACCACUAGAACACUCACUUGACUUUGGAAGCUACUAUGUGAGCCCACUGCCUGGAAGGUAACUGAUAGACUGAGGUUUAUCUACCACAGGGUUUGAGAUAACAUGGAUAUUCAGUAGGGAAGAGAAGGCAGGAAGAAAUGGAAGAGGCUGUAGACCGUGGUUAGAGGAAAUAAUGUGAAAAAAUAACCUACAAAAAAAAGAUAGAACUCUUUAUUUUUAUUUUACAUAAAUUUCAUCCAAAAGAAGUAAUUUCAAAAUCACACUAAAUAGAAUAUAGAACUUGCUUUAUUAUAAAUUAUAUAAAUGUAUAUGUUUAGGUAAAGACUGAAUUUCCAAUGCCAACUAUUUUUAGGACAAAAACUUCAAUACUUAUAAUUUAUAAUUACUUUCCCAUUGGUACUAUUUUCAGCACCUAGAAGAUGAAAAUCAUUCUGAUGCUUUUAUUUCUAUCUGAACUUUUGUUACUAAAAAUAUAUCCAAAGCCCUUUAAAUGACUUAGCAUUUUUGCUCUUCCAGAGAAGACAGGGAAGUCCAAAAUAAACAAACAAACAAACAAAAAUCAGACUUUUUAAAACUAUUAGAUGACUGGCAUUCUGACCUCUGACCACACCUUCCUUUGUGAAAUUUGAUAACUCCAGUAAUCAAAGAUGACUCAUCUGUUGUGUGUGAGAGUUGGUGUUGGUCAAAGAAUGUCCCCUGUAGCAAUCUUCUUGUGGUCCAGGUCUUGCUGCCAUGCUCCACUUCUGAUUUUUGAACCUUUUCUUCCAGCCUGACUUGGUUUACUUUUUUUCAGGAAUUAUGUUUGGUAUAUUUAGCUAUGUUCAGAUAUAUAGGAUCAUAUCUGGGUAAAGUAGAAAGUGAGGCAGGGUGAAAUUUAGUCAGAUCCAGGCAAACUGGAGAACUUCUGGAUGCACCCUGAGGCUUCCUUUGCUAUGGCCAAUGAACCUGCCCCAAGAUUGUCCAAAUCAGAACUUCUCCAGAAGGCACUACAGAGCUGCACAUCUUCUGAGUUCUAGUGGUCAAAGGCAGUACUGUUUAAAAAAGUGUUGCUUUAACCAACUGGCUGUUUCUUUAUGGGAUGCCUUUUCCUCCAGUCCCUGAUGAAAACUGGCUCCUGUAAAGCUUCUUCAUCUAAAAAUUCUUUUCAUGGUGGUGAAGUGGUACGAGCAUCACAUGCAGUCGUGAGCAGCUGCUGGAAAUGCUGUUUUUUGGUCAUUUCUUUACAUUGUUGAAUCUGUAACUCCAGCUUCCUGAGUUUCUUGAAAAUUCAGUCUUGUUGUGAGAUUACAUCUUCAUCAUUCAAAUCUCAAUGUAUCUUUUGUUACUUGGUUAUGACGUUUUAUAUGUGACUUCAAUAUUCUGCACUGCUUUCUUGUGUUGUUUUAAGCUGCUCUCUCGAGGUUUUACAGGAAAAGCCCCACAUAUUCACCCUGGUCAGUUCCUCAGUGUGAUAAUCUCUGUCUGAGGUAAUAGUUCCUGUAUCAUCUGCCAUUUCUCUGUUUCCUUUUUUGGGGAAGAAAUUCAGCAUUUUCCACUAGAAUUUGUUCCUGAUGAUCAAUUUGUAACCAUUCAGGUGAAUAGUUUCCUCUUUGUUCCUGGCUUUUGUUUUGCCCAUUCUCUGGGAGCCUAUGUUUGCAGAAUUUGUAAUGGCUGUGGUUGAUUUUCAUUCUUCCUCUUCAUAACAAGUUGAGGGGAAUAGGCCUUUAUACUUUCAUGCUCUUUCUUUUCAUGUCAUGGUUGUACUGAGUAGCUUAUCCUGCAACAUUGGUUUGUAGGUUCUGUACCUCAUUUUUCUUGGGCUGGAGAGAUGGCUCAGCCAUUAAAGGCUAGGCUCACAAUCAAUAGAUUCUUAUUCUUGCGUUGUAAGCCCCUGUCUCCUGAAGUCUAGACUUCUCUCCUGGAGGAUUUUAGUUGCUCCCUGAGUUGCUUAGCAGGCCUGCAGAUGGCCCAUAGCACUUCCCAGUUCCAGAUUCUGUGUUUUUAUGUUUUUCUAAGCUGAAAGGUUCCUCCUGUGAAGUACAAGUAGCUCACCCAGAGAGUUCAAAACAGAAACUAACUUAAUUAUCUCUGUGUCUUUUUACUCUUGGAUUCUUCAUAUAAUGAAUGAAAACUAAAAGUAAUCAACUCUUGGUCAAGAUGUAGAACAUUUUAGUCAAUAUUCCCUUCUGUGCAUACUUGCUGAGAAAGACAUUUGCUGUUGAGAAUAAGUUUGAUUGAGACAUCUUUAUUUCCGAGGUAUAUUGAGAGAUACUUUUGCUUUCUGCCAUCAGACCUGGAACUAUCCCAUUCAUCCAGUUUCCAGAGUCAGGGUACCAGAGGAGCCCAUAACAGCAAGGAAAGUCUUAGAAUAGCUGCCAUCAUAUAAGUAUCUCCAUCAAGGCCCCAGAGCUGCAGAGUCAAUACCACCUUCUCCAGCAGCCCUAUAGGCAGCACAGACAGCAAAGGAAAUAGGAAGGGGCUGCCUGCGCCUUUUGCACUGGAGACUCCUGUUCUGAUCAGUGAGGUCAGCUGUGCUCCACAGAAGUCUUAAGACUUAGAACUUCAGACAUUGAACUGAUGCAUGCAUGCAAUAUUAGCGGCUAAAUGAGGAUUCAGAAGCAAAGUAAUGGACAUAACCCAGUAGAAAAUCCUGUCUUCUAUAAGUUUAAGAAUUCAUGUGUCUCUUGAAUAAGUUUAGGAAUUCAUGUGUCAUGCAAAGAGAGGUCGUUUUCUUGGUGGAGAGGCUACUGAACCAGGUUAAAAUGUACAUGGUUUGAAAUAUAGCAUUUCAAUUUAAAUUCUUUCUUGAUGAGCUAUCCUAAUUUACUCACUCUUAAAGUAGGUAAAGUAUUGAGAGAAAUCUUAGAGUUUUUUCCCAUGUCUUACAAUGCUGGAUGUUUUGGUAACCCGAUUUCUAAAAGAUGCUUUUAUAACGUGGUGUUUUUUCUCCUCAUUGCAUAAAAUAGUGCUCAUAAGCACUAGAACAUCAAUAGUGGCAUCACCUAUUUAAUCUUUUUGAUAGCCUAGUCUUAGCCUAAUCCUGUUGUGUUCCUCUUAAAGGAUCUUAUAAUCUUCAUUAUUUUGAAACUUGGCCCUGAUCUUUGGUUGCAAAAUAUAGACUCACCCUGACUUCUCAGGAGUUCUCAAAGAUGAAGCUACCUGUAGAAGUGGUUCUACAUUGAAGUGUUGUGCCCAGGCUGCAUGGAGAAAAGUAGAGGUGCCACAAAGCCCAGAAACUGCCUGCUUCAAAGCCAGCUCUCUGGAAACCAGACUGGGAUUGCUGAGUAAUGGUCAAGUUUGUCUGAGAAAGUAGUCCAAGUCAUCUUUCAAACCUUUCAUUUUGAGUUGAGGGAGAUGACAGCUCUGAGGACUGAAAUAUUCUAGAUCAGGCAUCCUGAACUCAGACUACUUAUUACCUUAUUACCUUUGAUUUAAAAAAUUCAAGGUUAAGGAUUUGGCUUAGCUAUAGAGCACUCCCCAGCAUGCCAAGGCCCUGGAUUCUGUUCCCAAGCACUAAAAUAAAAAUGCCAGUUAAAGGUGUAGUACCCUAAAGAUUUGGGCUCUGCAGCUUCAGAGUGGGGCCUGACAUGUGUGGUUUGUUUUGAAACUUCUAGGAUUCCUCCUGUGUAGAAGGGUUGAGCCUUUUGGAUAAAGCUCACAAGGAACCCUUUGGAAGCUUAGUUAAAGGAAUGACCUACUGAGUUAAGUGUUUGUUUAGUAAUCAUUAGUGACAAAAUGAAACUGAUUAUUAAUGUAGACUAUGCCACUGUAAAACUUUUGUGCUCAUUUUGCAGAAUUCAAGGUUGUUUUCCAUAUGAAAAUAGACUUGAAGGAAAGAGGAGGGUGACUUGAGUAUAUGCAUAGAAGAAUUUCAAACUUGUCAUCUUUAUUCCCACUUGUGGGGAAGGGAGUUUUUGUCUUUGAGCUGCUGAGUAAUCCAACACAAAGGAUUCUAGGAAGUUGUCCUUUCAAUUCGGUAUGGAAUUAAAUUAAUAGUCCCUUUUUGUGGUCAAACUUAGUCUUGUUAGUUCACAUACCUUAUUCAACAGAAUAAGGGUAGAUCUAUUCACUGCUGGGGAAGGUUGUAGUCAUUCUAUUGUCACAUGUCAGCACUGGUACAGCUCUGAUAGAAGAUAAAAACCCACUCAUUCCUUUUCAUAAUGCUCCUGUGGGAACUACCUAGAAAGCCCAAGCUUUCCUAGAGAAGGAAUUCUGGCCCUUAAAGAAGGUUGUGUGUUUCUUUCUAGCAACACCAUAGAAAGGGCAUAUCAACUUCAAUCAUCCAGGGUACUUCCUAGAGUGACCAUGGUGCUUUGGAGCUAAACAAACCACACUAUGAUAUCAAAUGUCUCAUCAAGCAAGCAGCAAGGAAUACCCUGGGUUGGAUCCUCUAGACCUCCAAAUGACUUGUGGUUCCAUAGAAAAAUAAGAUCUCUUUUGAAAGAAAAGUAAAAGUUCUCAUCUGUAUGUGAGCAAGUUCAUCCAGAGCAGAGACCAGUUCCUUCCAAAACAAAUGUCUGCUUCACAAUUCUCCUCCACAGCCUUUCCUUUGACUUGUCUCCAGUGGAAGUGAAUGUAAUUGUGUCAGAUAUUUAAUGUGAACCAUUGGUUCCCUGGUGCAGAAACACCACUGAGAUCAGAGAACAGUUGAGCAACUCACCAGAGGUACAGACCAUCCUCUUGUAAGCUACCUGGUUCCCAGUAUGAGUUCUAAGAGAACUAAAAGUAGCCCAGAGCUGACAUCACUAUCAAUCUAAAAUGUCAUCUGCAGGGAGGGCACUUGAGUCUCACACCUGCCUUUUGAUAUUGACUCUUAAGUUGGGGCAGACCCUCUCCUGAGUUAGAGCUCUUCUGUUGUUUUUGUAAGUGAGACUCUGGUUUGCUAGCAUUAGCUGUUGUGUUCUGAGGCAGUAAGUUUGACUUAACUCUUAAACUCUACUAGCCAAGAGUUUAGUUUAGAAAGAACACAUCUGGAUGCUGCUUUUACAUCUUUGGUACCUAAAAUGACUCCACCACUUUUAAAAACCUAGUUUGAACAAUCUAUAGAGAAGUAUCAGCAUCAUAGGAAUGAAUGUCAAUUAGAUGUCAAACCAGAAAAGCAUUCCUUGACAACUCUUUCAAAACAGGACCUAAAAACAAACUUUUUCCUGCUUUCAGUUUUCAUAGACGUUCUGGCAAAUUGUAAAGAGCAAAACUAAAGUUUUUGUGUUCAUUUUAUAUUCCAAAGCAGGGGAUGCUAACUUGUGGCCCAUUUGGAACAUAUAGGCAGCCAUGUUUUGGACACUCAAGCCUUGGGGAUCAGUAAAAGGAGGAUCUGUCUGUUGUGCUGCUUUCUGAGAAGGCCUAAAGUGGAUAUGAGAAUACAUAGCACAGGCUAUCAUCUUCUCAGAGCACCAUUAAAAGGGCACAAAAUAAUCUCUAAAUGUCCCAGUCUACCUUCAAGUCUUGGCCAGUGGCAAAUUUGCCUGGCUAUCUAUGCUGUAUAUGCUGAAGAAACUGAGAGCAAAAAAGAAGUGAUUAGCAUGAAGCACUGAUGGUUUGCUGUUGAAAGCAGUUUCAGAAAGUGAUCAUCCCGGUAUUUAUGGAUAGGUACCUGCAAGGGUGCUUGGGGGCUGAUUAUGAUGAUUCUACUUGCAGGCCUUGGAGGAACAGGGGAUGCUUUUCAGUUUUAUGGGUAUUCAAUCUGUGGAUAUAUAUAGUGCUGGAAGUGCUGUGGAUAUAUAUAGUGCUUUACAUUUAAAGUGUAACUUCACAGUAGGGCUGUUUCCUCCUAGGUUUUCUUUUUUAACCUAAAUCCACCUGAUCCUUCUUUCUGGCAUAUUCCCACUAAGAUAAUUAAAUGAGAAGACCAUAAAGAUUCAUUGACUAGCUGGAAAGAAACUUUUAAAGCAGAAUAGGGGGGAUUUAACAUGCAAUGAUGGGACUUUCUGGUGAACUUUUUCUAGAGAGCUGACAGAGUGUAUUUGGGGAGAAUUUUCUAGAAAAUGACAUCAAAGUGUGUUUUAACUGUGAAUAUUAAAGACUUGGAAUUAUCUGCAACCUUUAUGUGCAAUAAGGAAAACUGCAGUAGGAACCCAAAAGUGCUUUCCCUCGCUCCCUUUUUAUUUACUGUUUGCCUCAGAUAGCUAGCUGUUUAGAUUGCUAUUGUAAAGCUAGCCUUGUGGUUUUCUGGCCUUUACUAAUAUCUAACAUGUUUUUCUCUAAGCUUUUUUUUUUUUUUUUUUUUUUUUU